CUGAUGGUGACGUGUUUGCCCAUUCAGUUGGUUGGCUGACUUUGCUUCAAGUGGACGACAGACGGAUCUCUCGUCGCUGCGCUCGAUUAGAAGGUCACACUUGAACCAAACCUUAAGCUUGCGUGGGUGUCAUGGAUUUGACCGGGAAAUUGAUCAUCAAGGCCACGUUGGGCGAAGACAUUCGUCGGAUUCCCAUUCACAAUGAGGAAUUGACUUAUGAUGAGCUUAUUCUCAUGAUGCAGCGGGUUUUUAGAGGUCAGUUGUCCUCUACAGAUGACAUUACCUUGAAAUACAAGGACGAAGAUGGCGAUCUAAUCACGAUUUUCGACAGUGCCGAUGUGUCUUUUGCGGUUCAAUAUUCUCGAGUCUUAAAAUUGACCUUAUUCGUUAACGGCCUCGUGCCCAAGUCUGCAUCGAGAGCCUUCACCAUCACCAAUGACAUCAAGGAAGAACUGCGAAACAUUCGCGAUCGCGUGGUCAGAGUUUUGGAUGCCUUGGAUGAUUCCCGCGGGGGUGAAGAUACUCCUGAUGGGGAGGCCGAUGUGUCGGCUCAAGUGCAAUCCCAAUUGAAUAUCAAUGGCAAGAUGGAGAGUCGGGAAUUUGAUCCGUUGCAAAAACAACAGCAACAACAAUCUUCACAAGGGUCCGAGCAAAUUCGACCCUCCGCUACACCUCCAGUUCCUCCUACCACCCCCGUUGCACCCUAUCAAGCUGAUGCCAAUCAUCAAAAUAGACAGAGUUACCCCAAUCCUGAAACAGACGCUUCAGGGGCAUCUGGCCAAACUUAUCCCACACCCAGUUCUAUGGCGUCCGGCGUGUCUUCGCCUUACGUACAUUCGCAACAACAACAACAACCUGCUGUUUCGAGCGGAGGAUUCAAUCCGGCUUAUCCCCAAGUCCAGUCUGUACAGAGCGCCUAUCCUGGAGCCCAACCCAGUCCCGGGGCUCCGAACAUGGUCCCCAGGCCUCCCAUGUCAUCCAGUGGAGGAUCCAUUCCUCCUCAAAUGAGCUUGCCCUCACAAGCUGGCGCACCUUCGGGAGGAGGCUUCCAACCUCAAGGAGCAAUGGGAGCUUAUCGCCCACCAGCCUCCUCGCAACCCCAACCGGGAUACGGUUAUCAAGGUGGUCAGGCCCCACGACCCAUGUAUCCUCCUCAAAGUAUGGCUUCCCAGACAGGAGGAGUAGUCAAUCAUCAGCCACAGCAGCAGCAACAACAACACCAACAGCAGCAGCAGCCUCAAGCUAGUGCUGAAGGCGCUUGGCAAGGAUACAGGGCUCCUAUGAGCGGUGCCGGACCAGUUGGCCCAGGUGGCGCCCCUCCGGUACGCCCACCCGUUGCUGGAAGCGCCUCUCCGAUGAACCCUUACGCUAAGGGUCCAACGCAAGGAGGUUAUGCCCACGCUGCUCCAGCACCUGGAUAUAGAUAAACAGCCAUUUUUGUGGGCAAAAACAUAAACAUAUAAUAUAUAUUUACGAAUCAGUUAUGUAAUUUCAACAAAUUUUCACCCAAAAUUCUUUGAAAAUCAAUUUCGGACGAGUUGAAAAUAAAUUUUAGAUUUUUCCAACCUU